GUAUGGAUAUCCAGUGGAGAUAGAAAAUUCAUGUAUCGGUGAAAUAAAUAUUUUCCUACUAAUGUCAAGAUAAGAGGUCUCCGUGUGUCACUUGAACUCGGGGCUAAUGAGGCCUCGGUAUUUACUCAUACUAACAUUGAUUAGGAGACAGGAGGCCUGUGCUGUGAGGGACAUCCUAUUUAGUGUUAGUUGAUAAUUGUUGUGUCACCAGGAUUUCCUAUACAAUAACCAUGACAGCGAUCAUUUGUCUCGAGAUAUUCUCAGCAUCAGUCUCUUUGUUGUGCAGCAGUUCCAUGUGAUUUUUCAUUGAUUCAUGAUUAAGUGUUUUACAUAGUGCAUGUAUAUCUAUAUAUACCGUAACACUCUAUGCUUCGUGCUGUGUUAUGGGCCGUGAAUUGAUUGUGUUACAUGUAUGUAGUGUGUGUUAGAGCUCGCGUACUACACUAUACAAGUUCAACCUUAAUACAAAUUGUAAAAUGGUGAUGGUGUGAUGCUCGAACAAUUUGGCUAUGAGAUGUAGUCAGAAAAUGUUUGUCACCAAUCAUGAGCAAAUCUCCGAGAAGCAACAGUUACGAAGAUUAUUGGAAAGAGUUCAAUGACAUUGCCAGCGGUACUGAUGGGGAAAAUGAAGAGGAAGAGAGUACAAAGACCCCAGAUGAAGGAGAAGAGGAGGCAGCUUGGUUAAAAGAUGCAGGCUAUGAAUUUGUUGUCAGUCACAUUACAGGUGGAAGAGAGUUGACUGAUGAAGAAAUCCAAGGCUUUACAGCGACCUUGACAACAAGCCAAGCAGCUGUGGUCCGACGCAGGGUCAACAGUCUCAGCGCCACCUUCAGGGCAAAACAGAAACACAAGAUAGAUGUUAGGGACAUCUUUCCAGAGCAAACAGACAGUCAGUCUGGCAGACCCUCAGCCCCCCACAACACUCCCAACAGUACAGAUGAUGUCACUGGGAACGUGGUCCAUCGCAGGACCAUGGACAAAAAGCUGCCCUCCCUCCUCAAACCGAAGGGAGAGUACUCCAUGUCUGGUCGAAGAAACGAGGUCCUGAAGGAUACCAAUACACCUGGAAUUGAGAUGUUGAGCAUGCAGCCCAAAGGUACUUUUAAUAAAUACAUGGGGCCUAGUUCUCCUGAAGAUCAUGGGCGAACUCUUUGUGCUAUGCCCAGCAUUUCUGAUGAGGAUAUUGAAUUUGAGCUGAGGUUAGAGGAAACUGCGAAAACCAAGAAUACCAUGCAGACCGCCGGGCUAGAGAGUGAAGAUGAGUUACCAAAUUUCCGAGUGGUAUCCGACAAGUUGGGGUUAACAACAGCGAGUGACCUGAGUGAUGCCGAUAUGAACCAGAUUAAAUCCCUGGCUCUCAUAGAGUUGACAUCUCUAUUAGAAAAGCACAAUAUUAUCUAUCAUCGACAGAAAGGCAAAAAGAAAGCUAAAGAAAAUGGUAUUUUUGGGGUGCCAUUGCAAACAUUGCUGGACCAUGAUCAGAAAACAAAACCCAAUCAGACUGUUCCACUGGUUUUUGAAGAUAUGAUUAAAUACAUGGAACAGCACUGUUUGGAACAUGAGGGAGUAUUAAGGAUUCCUGGAUCGACAGCCCGAGUUAAGCAACUUCGAAAGGAUUUAGAGGAUAAAUUUUACAUGGAGGAGUUUUCGUGGGAUGAUGUCCUCCCACAUGAUGUGGCUGCGCUAAUGAAGCAGUUUCUGCGGGAGCUUCCUCACCCUCUCCUGUCUCAUGAAUACAUUGAAGCUUUUGCACAAAUAGAGAAUAUUAAAGAGAGAAAAAAUCAGUUAAGGGCCUUAAAUCUGCUCAUUCUUUUACUUCCACAUGUGAACCGGAAUACAUUAAAGUUGUUAUUAGAAUUGCUGUUAAAGAUCACACAGAGAAGACAAAAGAAUUUGAUGGGUCUGUCCAAUGUAGCCAUGAUCAUGGCCCCGAAUCUAUUUUUAUCUCCGUCUAGUCGGUCCAAAACCAAAGCAAUCCGUGACAUGGAAAUCAGCAUGGCUGCUGGGACGUCCAACAUUGUCAUGAUGCUGAUCAAAUACCAGAAAAUCAUAUGGACAGUGCCUUCAACUUUACUGCAACAAAUGAGGCAUCAAAAUGACAUGGAGAACCAGAAAAAGGCUCGAGAGAAGUCGAUCAUAAAGUUUCUUCGGAAGGACAAAUCAGACAUCUACAAGAAACCAGCAAUAGCAAAUGAGGGUGACUUUGUGGAUGGAGUGAUUAGGGUGCAGGCUCCCUGCCUUACCAAGAGCUGUGCAGCUGUGAAGCUCUACGAAGAAACAACAGCUUGUGACAUCAUUGACAAGUUCCGCAGUUCUAACCUCACCAACAACGGAAAAAACAAGAAAAGAAAAGACAAUACAGCCCAAGGAAUAUCCAAUUUUGCAGAGACUGACGCUCAUUUAUUUGAAGUUGGAGGAAACAUUGGUGAACGCUGUUUGCACCCACAGACCAACAUGCUAGCAUUAUACCAGAUUAACCCCAACGCCGAGUGGAUUAUACGAUCUGAGACUGCAGAUUAAGACUGUAACGUCUGAGGUUCGCUAUUAUCUACAUCGGACAGGAAGCUGUACAAUCAUGAUCAAAUUGUCAAUCUACAAAUUGUCGUGUAGACCGAAUAUCGUAUAUACUAGGUAUAUGAAAUCCUACAUUAUUGUUUUUGAUAUGUUGUUUUUGUCUUGUUUGAUAUCAGCUAUAUAAAAAUGUACACGCACAGUAAAACACGGUUAUAGCGAACUCGCUUAUGAUGAAUUCACGCUUACAGUGAAUUAUGGUUACAGUGAACAAGCUCAUGAUGAAAUCACGCUUACGGAUAAUCGAUUUUCAUUACCUCUAGUUUUACAACAUAUUAUGACUUAUUGGAUGUAACAAGUCACAUUUAUAACGAAUCAGAAUUGUUUGUCUCCAGCACUUCACUAUAAACGUGUUUUAUGUAAUUGUUUGUCUCCAGCACUUCAUGAUAAGCAUGUUAUACUGUAAUUGUUUGUCUCCAGCACUUCACGAUAAGCGUGUUUUACUGAAAUUGUCUUUUCCAACAUGGUUGUGAUAUAUAUAAUGUCUUUUUGUCCAUAACUUUAUAGGGUAACAUAGAUGCGAGUCAUAAAAAAAUUACAAAUUUCUGAAGUAGCAAUGAUCAUUCGUCCAUGAGAAUAAUUUGAACUUAUAGAAGGUCCAUAAAAUCAGAUCUUAUAAUCUCAGGGUGCUACUGUGCUUCUCCCUAAAAUCAUUUUCAGGUAUAUGUAUGGUAUACAUGUAUUAUACAUUUAUCAUAUAAUGCGUAUUGAAAAUAAUCUCAUUUCUAAGUCAUGGACUAUAAUGCACACACUUGGAUUAAUGCUUUGGAACUGCACUAAAUACAAUGUAUAUACUUAUGCAUUAGUAUACAUGGUUUUUCAUAUUUUAGUAAAGUGCUUGGCACAGUAGUUUAGUGGGCUGGCAAAUUGAAGGGUUGCUGGUUCAACUCCCAUAGUAGUCACUUGAUGUUGUUUUGUUCAUUCUCGGUGUCCACCUGACCUUGGGUAUUGACCUUGACUGGGGGUUAACUUUUGAUGGAUUAGAAACCCCAGAAGUAGGGGAAGUCUAUGACCACAGGUAUCUAAAUUUUAAUCAAUAAAUAGAUAUGAAGAGAAAAAAAACUAUAUAGUGUAUUUAUAUACAUGUGUAUGAUUGUUUUCCUAUUCAUAUUUAUUUAUCAAUUAAAAUUCCGAUACCUGUGCUAUGACUGAUGGGAGUUUGCGUAUUAACUAUAGUCUUGUGUAGGAGUUUAUUUUACGCAUGUCUAGUCAACUAGUGCACGAAAACAAAUUUAAGUUUAGUUAUGGCCGUUUACAACAGAUCAAAAGAGGAAUCGUCAAUUUUGCAAUGUAUUUUCGAUGAUGGUGUUGAAGAAAUACAGAUGUAUCGGCAUAAAUCGAACAACUUCAACUUGUUUCUUGAUAACCGUGUUCUUUAGGAUUGAAAAUUUCCCCAAAAUUACGAAGUAUAUAAUUUGAAAUAUUUUUUUGAUUGCAAUUAUUAAGCUUGCUUUCUUAGUGGAGAUCAGCUGACUUAUGUGCAGCCAUCCCUUUGUAAUUUCUGUCAUGUAUUCUUUGAAGUUAAUCUCAGAUUGUAGUACAGAAACUAAUUUGCACACUUUGUCCACCAUCUUUGAACUAGACAGCUAGUACUUGGGAAAGUAGCUAGAUUUUUUUUUACUAAAUUCUUACAUUUCUGGUGAACUAAAGCAUAUUCGAGUGAACUAUAGUUUUUUGUGACUAUGAACUAUAGUUUUUUGUGACUAUGGUUGGCACACACGAUCCACUACUCUCAUCCAUUUAGUGCUACAGAAACCAAUCUUAGCCUAAAUCAUAAAAUGUGUACAUAUAUACAGGGUAUUGAUGAAUCAGGGCCCAGACUGUGACCAGAUCACGGUUCUACUCUUCUUUUAAAUUUUUUUUUAAAGACAUUUUUUUUUUUUAUCAAUUCCAAAAUGUGAGAAAGUUAAUUUUUUUCAUUGAUUUAUGAAAAUAUUAAACUUUUUUCAAAUAACUGAUGUCUUCAAUGUUUAUUCAGUUUCAUAUUUGAGUUAUGUCUCAAUGAUGUAAUCAGAUCCUGCAGGCUAUAAUGACGCUCACUAUUUUACGUUUUCACAAAACUGAGACUGAGCAGCAUAUUUAACUGAACUUGGAACUCGCGUAAUAUUAGGAAUCAAUCUUAUACAAUAUGUGAUAUGAUAAGACAGUGUAGUGUAGGCCCUCAAUCAAAAAGCACAUUCUGCUUGUAAGUUUCUUGACAUCAGAGAAUGGUUAAUGAAUACACAGAAUUGUAUUCUCAGGACUGUUCACAUCUCCAAACACUGGCAAUACCACUUGUACAAUACCACUUGUACAAUACCUACUGACUUCCUUGUAACAACUGAGGUAUAGGUAUUAUCACGCACAGCUCAAGGAAAUACAUAUCAAUAUUUUUGUGUAUAGUUUUCAUACUUUCAGACAGGUGAAUUUUUUUUAAGCCUUGGUUUUGUGAACAUCUGUACAUUAUUUCUGAUGCAUUGUUAUUGUUUUACAAUGUUAAUAGUGAUGGUGCAUCUGUGUAAUAUGGAAUCAACAGUUGUGUGCAUGCUUCAAAGAAUUAAUGGUUAGAAUUGUUGUAUGUUCAGCAAAAAUGGCGGCAUUUUAUUUUUUAUACCAAAGCAAAAGUGGUGCACAUCCUUCUCAAUAUUUGUCGUAUUCCAUUCAGUGCAUAAUAGCUUUAAUAAGUGACUUCACCUCGAAACAAAAUGUAAAAUAAAGCUCUAUAAUAUCUUGCUUUGUUGACCGUUAAAUGUAAUUUGACAUGUAUACAUUCAUACAUGUAGGCAGUUCUUUUGUUGAUGUACUACAUGUGUGUUACAAAUCUGUAUUCAAUGAUAAUCUUUAUGUCCUCAUGAGGAGGGGACAGGGUUCUGUUGUGAUGAACAAAUGUCGUAGACUUAGUUUUAUAAUUGUAUAAGUAUUCGUAAGUAAAACUGCAUGACACGGGUUUUUAGGCACCUGCAGUAAAUUCUUCAUGCAAGUGCUCAGAUUUAAGUCAAUAAUCUUUUUUUUUAUCAUGGCUUUCCACACAUACAGUACACAUACAGGAAAUCAGUCUUAAUCACUUAUAACAGUGUCUUGGUCAAGUUUAGAAUUGAGUCAGACAGGACUGGGGGUAAUUAAGAAAUGUGUUUUUAAUUAAACGAAACCUUACAGUUUGACAUGUAUAAUCCAGUUAGUUUUGUACACAGUAUGAAAGAAUUCUAAAGAUUCAUUGAUAGAUUUUGUAGUGUAUAGAGUGAUUACUGUGUGUAAUUGAAGUAAAAUCUAGUCAAGAUUUAAGUGCUUCUAAUGUCAAUCUUUGCCAUGAUAAGCUACAUGUUUAUGCCAUAAAUGAUAGAAUUUGUUCUGUCGAAUGUAUCAGUGAGCUGGGCUGGUAUUGGUGUCUGUUACAAAUUGUUAGUACUAAUUACUGUUGAUCCUAUUUGUUUAACCUAUUUGUACUUUGCUCAGUUGUAGCCAAAGACUUGAGAUGGUCCAAAGAUCUCAUAAAAGUGUGGACAUUUUCUUAUCAUGAUAAAUUUGAAAUUUUGUGUGACUAGUAGAUAUUUGUAGUACACUGGCAGUUAGGGAGGAAAAACACACCAGAGAGAUCGGAUAUGUGUGAAAAGUGGAGGAUAUGUACAAUGAUAUUUUGAAAUUGAAAACUUGUUUAGUUAACCUUAAUUGUUUUAGUAGAGAGUAAUCGGGGGGGGGGGGGGGGGGGGGGGGGG